AUGUCUGCAGACCGUUCUCAGGAUCCUGCCUACCCCCCGUCCAUUCAGCAGCGUCGAGGUUCCUUCUCGCCCGGCGCCUCUCUCUCGGAGCUGUUCGCGAGACCUGGCAAUUCGGUGGCAGCCAACGCGCAGCCGGGCCAGCGACGACGCAUGUCCAUCACCACUCUCGGUCUGUCAGGCUCACCCACCCAGGCGUCCCAGUUGGCUGGUCGAACCGCGAGGCAGGGCAGCCUUUCGAGCUCGGUAGGCUCUAGCUCCUAUCUCGAUGAGGUAGCAGUGAUGGAGAACGAAAAUAGCCCUCCAGCCUCGGCAACAUCGCCAUUUGCACGACGGUUCUCGUUUGGCGCGCAGGCUCUGCGGGACAAGACUGGAAACGGUAGAUCCUCUUCUUCUCUUACCUCCGUCAGCACGAGACGACAGACUACGUCGUCCGGUAGCAUGGCUCCUGCACCAACCGCUGCAAGUACAGACCAGAGUUUGCGUUCGAGCAAGAGAUCUAACUUAUCUUUUCGACCUGUAGGCGAAGCCUUCAACUGGUCUGAGUCUCUUCGGACCAGAGCUGAGCGCGCCCCUUCUCUGGGUGCCUCGUCCCCGCCGAUGAAUCUUGACCGGUCCCCCGCUGGAGGCCAUCACCGGUCGGCUUCCAUCGCCUCCAUGGACUUCCCAGCCCGCGAGACGCCUAAGCAACCGCGUCGAAAGACGCCUGAUUUCUUCCAGGAGAAGAUCCUGAGAGCCGAUUUCAUGGAUUGA